AUGGCCACUCAAAUUAGACUUGCUGCUGCCCACGUCGCCCCCAUCUUUCUCUCAGCUCAUGAAACAACUCACAAAGCAAUCCGGUUGAUCGAACAGGCCGCUAGAAACAAGGCAAACCUCAUCGCUUUUCCGGAAUCUUUCAUAUCUGCAUUUCCCAUCUGGAGCGCCCUGCGCCCACCGACCGAGAACCAUGACCUCUUCCAGCGGAUGGUCCGGGAAUCCAUCCACGCAGACGGGGAGGAGAUACAAGCGGUCCGCGCGACCGCGAGGAAGUGCAACAUCAUAAUCAGCCUUGGCUUUUCGGAAAAGACCCGCACGAGUAGUGCAACAUUAUUUAACUCAAAUAUGAUCAUCGACAAUCAGGGAGAUGUUCUCGUCCAUCACCGGAAACUCGUGCCAACUUUUUUUGAGAAGCUGACAUGGUCGCCGGGGGAUGGCUACGGAUUGCGAGUUGCGGAUACGAAGUUUGGGAAGAUUGGGUCUCUUAUCUGUGGGGAGAACACCAAUCCUCUGGCUCGAUAUGCUCUCAUCGCCCAGGGCGAGCAGAUUCAUAUCUCGACCUGGCCAGCCAUAUGGCCGACCCGGUCGCCAUCGCAGUCCGGCGUGGAAGAGCACAAUCCACAGCCCGGCGCGGCAGAAAGGCCAAACUAUGACAAUAUCGCCGCGAACAGAAUCCGAGCUUCAGCCCAUUGCUUCGAAGCGAAAUGCUUCGGGAUUCUCUGCGCCGCGGUGUUGGGACGCGAUGCGAUUGAUAUGAUUGCGUCCAGUACAUCUAGUCUCCAACAGUCCAUGGAGCAAUCCCAGCGAGCAGCGACUAUGUUUCUCGACCCGACUGGGGCACCGAUACGGGGAUUCGUGAUAGACGAAGCUACUUCAGCUUCCCAUUCUGCCGAUUUCCUCCAGGCUCAGGAAGGGGUCCUGUACGCUGAUGUUAAUUUGGAUGACUGUAUUGAGGGCAAACAAUAUCACGAUACCGCUGGUGGCUACCAGCGGAUGGACGUCUUCAAUCUCCAAGUAAAUCGGACCCGUCAACAACCAUCCAACAAAAGCCCAACAGCGACAAUGGCAUCCACUAAGCAAGGUCCCUUCCCCGUGACCACGCCCGGCUCUCACAUUGUGCGCGUCGCCGCUGUGAGGGCUGAAGGCUGCUACUUUGACUUGCCUGUCGCCGUGCAGAAGACCUGCGAUCUGGUCAUCGAAGCCGCCAAGAAAGGCUGCGACAUGAUUGCCUUCCCGGAGAUUCUGGAUUCCUCCAACAGACCCAUAGAAAUUCGGACAUCUGGCGGCCUGUAUUGA